AUGUGUUAUGCGAGGGCGAGAACUGCAAUCGUAGAUGGGGGGUUGACGGAGGUGUCGUGGCACGAAGAAACAGGUGGGCGGCAUUGCAAGGGCGGCAUUGCAAGGGUGCCAGGAGUGGGGCGGCACGCUGUUGAGUGA